AGGGUGGCGUUCCAGCCUGUUUAACACUCCAGUAACCCGACCAGGCCAUCAACGGAGCCACCUGGGGUCGCUGCGCAACCACUUAUCUUCAUCCUGAAACUAGUCAUAUCAAAUGUAAUCUAAUUUUACACUUUUUAAAAAAUUAAAUCUUAGAAUAUUAUCGGAUGUGUUUCCAUUAUAAAUGCUACUGUUGAUGAACAGAGCACCUCCACGAUAUAUGAAUUGUGGGUGUUGGUUCAGUACCCCCUUCCCGGUUGCUACGAAGAUGGUGUGCCCCGGUAUGUAAAGCUUGUGUGUGCGGAAGUGCACUGUCAAAUAGUGACUGGCUCUGAACGGCUGCUUGUGAAUGUGAUAACUGAAAGAAAACUGCGAGAGUACCAGAAGAUGUCGCCGAAGGAACCCCUGUUGGCGACUCUGAAAGUGUGUAUCCUGAACAUGCAGGCGGACGGAGGGCCGGUGACAAACGAGAACCCCCACCUCUCCUCCUGCUGCCAACUUCUGGAGAUCAUUCUGAGAAAGGGGCUCCAGCAGUCAGGCCUGGGGCUGAUCAAGAGGGAUGUCUGGCACUGGCUUGAGCAGCUUCCACAGCAGGACACCUGCGGCAGGCAGAGCCAGUUCUCUGUAUUAGUGGAGACGGCCGCUGCUUGUAAGAAGUUGCUGACGGCUCAGGGACGCGGGAGAUUUUUCCUGCGAUUGGCUCUAAACCGGAGGAUCCUGGGAAAUGUAGUUCAGCAUCUCAUUCACACUCCUAAACUGCUGGAGUGGUAUGAUCCAGUCAUAUCUGUCCUUGGAAAUGAGGAGUUUUUGGAGCCGUUCCUGUCCUUGUUGCUGGUGAUAUCAGAGAUGGAUUUCUCUCUCAACACUGAGAACUCCAGUUUCCUGGAUGAAAGCUGGCUGCUGCCCGUGUGUGAGAUGUAUGAAACUGUGCCUUGCCGAGAACUGGGAAUGGUCCUCAGGUACCUGGGCAGCAGAGUGUUUGUGUUGGAGUUGCUGGAGGGAAGCCAGGCCAAGGUGGACAAAUUUGUCCUUCCAGGAGACAUUAUUGACGAGAUCAAUGGGGUAUCCCUGAGGAAUGCCAGCAAUGGACAGGCUGGGGUAGUACUGCAGAGACUGAAAGGGAAGCCACUCUCUUUCCGGCUAAUUCGCUGGCGCUGUGGCGACGGGACUGUCUACCGACCAAUGGUAAAGCUCCUUAAAGCGCUACAGCAGGAGAACCCCAAGUUUCAGCUGCAAUGCGACCCCAAACCCACACCGUGGACUGAUACAUACUGCCUGCAGGAUGGCAGAAUAUUGUAUAUCCUGAAGUACCUGGGGAAAGUUGAAGUUGGAAUGUACGGAGGAAAGGAGGUGCUGGAGCAAGGGAUCCCAAAGGUUUUGGAACAGAGACUCCCCCCCCAGGAAGUGUUAUUGGAUGUGAAAGAAACCCAAUUAAUAUGUACUGAACACUCAUCCAAAAAGCUGAUGUUCAGUUACCACUACCCAGAGAUCUCCUGUGUGGGCCGCCUGCUUCGAAAUUACCAGGCUGUCUUUGCCUUCUGUGUAGCGGACUGUCCUGAGACCCCUGAGACCUCCUGCUUCACCUGCAUUGUUCUGCAGGCCAACUCUACCUGCGAGAGUGACCAGAUCAUCAGCAGGAUCGCAUCUGGCUUCAAACACACUGAGUCGUUUGUGUGAGGAAGGGGAGAAGGCUCCUGCACACACCUCUUGACUGCCUUUUAACUGGCUAGGACAGAGACAGAGGGUAGCUUACUAUACCUGAUGAGACCUGUACACCGGCAUUGACAGCUCUGGAGAAACCAUCUGCACUACCGAUCUAGCUGUGAAGACGAUCAUUAUCGCAAGCCAUAUUGCUGGUUGAGAACUACAAUUUCAGUAGUUUGCCGAUUUGCAGAAUUUGAAUAAGCCACCGUUUAAAACGUCUGACAGCUGCUUCAUAAGAGUGUAUUUGUCGUAUUUGCUGUUUUAAGUUUAAAUAUUCCUUUUGACAUUCAGAUGAGCAAACCUCAAGUUUUCCAAACGCUUUUAACAGAUCUAAGACUUACUAUAUGGCUGGUCUGCAGUUCUGAGUUUCAACAGAUUCUAUGACCACAGAAUACUUGCUUUUGAAUGCCACUGGCAGCAGGAUACAUGUUCAGUUAUUUAUGUUACAAACCAGGAUUCCCAGUGUUUUGAAGUAGCCGCUGAAGUUGUUAAUUGUCCUCCUCGUUGGGACACAAAUGGGUUUAUUUGGUGGCAAAAUUAUAUAUUUUGGAAAAUUCUUAUUUAAAUAAAAUACAAGACAUUUUAUAAUGUAGUUUCUGAACUGAUGCACAUGCAAUUACUAUCCCAUUUCUGAUCUGAUUACUAGAGCUUAUAAUUUAUAAUGGCAUAUAGACCUUUCAUCAUACAGAUCUCAGGUAUGACGGAAUAGGCUUUUGGUGUGUUAACAGCAACACAGCUUUAUCUGUUCUCUGAAAAUGCUUGUGCAGCAGUAAAUUCUGUUGGAAUGGUUUGAGUCACUACAUACACCAUUUGGGGAGUGUGUGCCAAUGACCAUUGAAUAGGGAAUUAGGCUUGAAGAAGUCACACAGGCAACAAAGGGAAAUAGAGGUAAAGAAAAAAUAAGUAACAAAAUAAAGAUGUGAGAAUUAGAGAAAGUUGAUAAAAGAACAUAGAAUAAUACAAGAUGGGGAAAACCAGUGUGAGCUCUUAAGCUGCAAAUACAUAUUUUCAUCAAGGGACCUUUUUUUUUCUUUUUCAAAUCUACCAAAGGUUGUGUGUAAUAGCUAAUCUAUGUAAGUAAUGUGCAGCAAAUCCCAGUGCAUGUUGAUCUCACAUUAAUCUAUUGGCAUGGAUAGGGUAUUAUGGUGUAUUCAUGGGAAAUGUAUUUUUCAUCUGAUUGAAUUGAUGAAAUGUUAAGAUUAACUAGAGUGCUGGCUUUCCCAAUCCUGGUCCUAGGGGAGCCCUGUAUCUGCUGUUUUUUAUUCUAACUGAGUUCUCAAUUACUUAAUUAGACCUUUGUAGUUGUGUUCAGCUUGUAAACAGUUGGAUUUUCAGCAGAAAACAAUUAAGGUCCAAUUAAGGGUUUUAUUAAGUAAUUGGGAACUUAGUUGGAAUGAAAACCAGCAGGCACAGGUCCCCCAGGACCAGGAAAUCCUGUACUAGACUAUCAUGUCUGAUAAUUCACUUUUGUGAAGAGUUUAUUAUUAAUGCCAAGAGACAAGCAGAUUUUUACACAACUAGAGCAGCCAGAAAGCUGUGACCUCUCUCUAUAAAAAAUAAAUAACAUUUUAGUUAUGGCCAAUGUGUGUGGUUGUCAUUAAAAUUAAGAAUUGCAACCCACUGAUGUUCUGCCAAUGAACCCCUUCGCAAGCUCCAUUUCCCCCCCAGACAAACAUGUUGCUAGUAGGUUACAUUUUUACACUUCCUAUUCUGUAAUUAUUUGCCAUCGGCAACUAAAAGCAACAGGAUUAGGCAUGUUCCUUUAUAGCCAAGCUUGUCUCAAUUUAAAAACUUCCUACACAAACACACAACAGGCAUCUUUCUUAAAGUCAUUUAAUACAAAGAUCAACCCUAAGACAAGAUAAUGCAUCAUAAAGUGUAUAUUGUAGCUGCCAAGUCUUGCAUCAAACUGUACAAAAGUAUAUAAAAAGCAGACUCUACUAUCCUGGUGCCUGCUACCGGAGGAGUGAACAAUACUUUUUUUUUAUUGGACACCUAACUAAUUAUACUCGUGAUAGGGGAGUAAUUAGACCUGGUUUUGUAUUCUGAAAAGAGCCAUCAAGUAAAAA